CUGGCAACCAGGAGGCGGGAGCGCGCAGAGGGCUGAGGACCAAGCACAGCCGUGGGCCGCGAGCUGGGGAGAAGGGUUUGCGCGCGGCCGGCAUCAGUCGGCGGAGCCUCGAGCGCUGGGACCCUGCAGGGCAGAACCCAAGAGUCAAUUUUUUUCAAGGACUAGGAGCCAAGACCCACUCUUCACCAGCUUCCUGUUGUCUAUCAUCUUACCUUCCUGGAUCUCAGUUGCCUCAUCUGUAAAAAUCACACAAACCCCUUUAGUCUGAAGAUGUGGUGGAGGACCAUCCAGCUACAGCAUUGUUUUCUCUUGGUUUCGUGUGUACUUAGCGCUCUGGAAGCUGUGCCCAUAGACGUAGACAAGACCAAGGUACAAACCACGCCACCUGUGGAGAGCGCGAAGCUAGAACCACCAGACACUGGACUUUAUUAUGAUGAAUACCUGAAACAGGUGAUUGAUGUUCUGGAAACAGAUCAGCAUUUCAGAGAAAGGCUCCAGAAAGCAGACAUAGAGGAAAUAAAGAGUGGGAGACUGAGCAAAGAGCUGGAUUUAGUGAGUCACCACGUGAGGACGAAGCUCGAUGAACUGAAAAGGCAAGAAGUGGGGAGGUUGAGGAUGCUGAUCAAGGCCAAGCUGGAUUCCCUUCAGGAUGUGGGCCUGAACCACCAAGCGCUUCUGAAACAAUUUGAUCACCUGAACCACCAGAAUCCUGACACAUUUGAAUCCACAGAUUUAGAUAUGCUAAUCAAAGCGGCCACAACUGAUCUGGAACACUACGACAAGACCCGGCAUGAAGAGUUUAAAAAAUACGAGAUGAUGAAGGAGCACGAGAGGAGGGAAUAUCUGAAAACACUGAACGAGGAAAAGAGAAAGGAAGAAGAGGCCAAGUUUGCAGAAAUGAAGAAGAAGCACGAAGACCACCCCAAAGUCAACCAUCCCGGAAGCAAAGAUCAACUAAAAGAGGUAUGGGAAGAGACUGAUGGAUUGGAUCCUAAUGACUUUGACCCCAAGACAUUUUUCAAAUUACAUGAUGUCAAUAGUGAUGGAUUCCUGGAUGAACAAGAAUUAGAAGCCCUGUUCACGAAAGAGUUGGAGAAAGUAUAUGACCCCAGAAAUGCAGAGGAUGACAUGAUGGAAAUGGAGGAGGAAAGGCUCCGGAUGAGGGAGCACGUCAUGAAUGAGGUUGAUAGCAACAAAGACCGAUUGGUGACUCUGGAAGAAUUUUUGAAAGCCACAGAGAAGAAAGAGUUCCUGGAGCCAGACAGCUGGGAGACAUUGGAUCAGCAACAGUUAUUCACAGAGGAAGAACUGAAAGAAUAUGAAAACAUUAUUGCUUUGCAAGAAGAUGAACUUAAGAAGAAGGCAGAUGAGCUUCAGAAACAGAAGGAGGAGCUGCAGCUCCAGCAUGACCACCUUGAAGCUCAGAAGCAGGAGUAUCACCAGGCUGUACAGCAGCUGGAGCAGAAGAAAUUACAGCAAGGAGUUGCUCCGUCAGGGCCAGCAGGACUAAAGUUCCAGCCACACACUUAAAGUUCCGAAGUCCGCCAGAACCUGGAAGAAAACUGUUAACUCAACAUCUGUUCCAUCUUUCCACAAUCCUUUCAUUUCUCUUCAUUCAAUAAAUACUUAAAAGCAUAUUUGGAAUAAAGGAAGAGACCUUUAAAAUGGGAACACUUUUUUUUUGGACACCGGUA